CAGCGCGCGUAAUUAUAUCCUUCUACCCUGGUCUGAGGCGCACAUUCCGCGCUGGGAGUCACCCGCGGUUGUUACUUUCUCUGUGGCCGCCGCCUGGUGUUUUCGUGCUCCUCCCUUCCCUCCUCUUUCUCCUCUUCGGAGUCCUAGUCAGGCCGACCUGUUCUGCUUGCGGAAAAGAGAAGAAAAUGUCAAGUGCACCAUCUUCUGUAAGCAUGAGAGAUCUUCAUCCAAGGGAUUCUCUUUGUUUGCAAAGGGCAGAAAACUAAGACCUAACCUUGUCUGGAGUCACAUGGUGACUCUGCAACUUGAUGGAUGACAACAAACCUUUUCAACCAAAAAAUAAUUCAAAAAUGGCAGAACUCUUUAUGGAAUGUGAAGAAGAAGAACUGGAACCAUGGCAGAAGAAAGUAGAAGAAAUUCAGGAUGAAGAAGAUGAUGAGCUGAUCUUUGUCGGAGAGAUAUCAAGUUCAAAACCAGCCAUUUCAAAUAUUUUGAACAGAGGUAACGCCAGCUCAUCUUCAAAAGGAAUAAAGAAUGAGACACUCAAUCAAGGUGUUACUGAUGCAUUCAAGCCUACAAGUCAACACUACAAAGACCCAACAUCAAAUCCAGUGGCUGCCUUACCUAGAUUUCAUCCUGAAUCUAAAUCUUCACAUAGCUCUGUUAUUGUUCAGAACGUGUCUAAACCUGAUUUUACAAAGAAUUCAUCACAAGUUGAAUCGGAUGAUUCUUCAGAUUUACUGUUUGACUUGACCCAGGAUACAACACCACUGUCCCAAGAGGGAUCAACAAUUUAUAUAGAAGCUCUGGAUGAAACUCUGCCUAUAAUAAAACGUCCUUCAGCUUCUAAAGUAAACAAAAUCAAUUCAAAAAAGCCAAAGACCAGUGAAGAUGUUUCUGAAAUAAAUUCUUGUGCUUCGUUGUCUUUAGUCAACUCUCCUUUGGUGACAUCCUCCCCUGUUAUGAUAUCAAAAGGUACAGAUACCUCAUCAAUUGAACAUAAAACUGGAAUGCCUUUUCAAAGAUCUUGUCCAAAGUGCAAUGUUCAGUUUAAUCUUUUGGAUGCUUUGAAAUAUCACAUGAAGUGUUGUUGUCCAGACAUGCUAAAUCAGUUUUUGGAAAUGGUUAAAGUAGAAAUUUCAAGUACUGAAAAUAAAGAUAAAGCUGGUGCAGAGAAAGGAAAAUUGAUCAUGUUAGUUAGUGACUUUUACUAUGGAAGACAUGAAGGAGCUGUUGACGAUGAACAGAAGACUUACACGACCUUUAAAUGCUUCAGUUGCUUGAAAGUUCUUAAAAAUAAUAUUAGGUUUAUGAACCACAUGAAACACCAUUUGGAACUUGAGAAGCAGAACAGUGAGAGCUGGGAAAGCCACACCACCUGCCAGCACUGUUACCGACAGUAUCCCACACCAUUCCAGCUGCAGUGUCACAUUGAGAGCACACACACACCCCAUGAGUUUUCUACUAUUUGUAAAAUCUGUGAAUUAUCAUUUGAAACAGAACAUACUCUUUUACAACAUAUGAAGGACACUCAUAAACCUGGUGAAAUGCCGUAUAUUUGUCAGGUUUGCCAGUUUAGAUCAUCAACAUUUUCUGAUGUAGAAACACAUUUUAGAGCAUCCCAUGAAAACACUAAGAACUUGCUAUGUCCAUUUUGCCUCAAAGUUAGUAGAAUGGCAACCCCCUACAUGAAUCAUUACAUGAAACAUCAGAAAAAAGGAGUUCAUCGUUGUACAAAAUGCAGACUACAAUUUUUGACCUGCAAGGAGAAACUAGAUCACAAGACCCAGCAUCGGACAUUUAUAAAACCUAAAGAGCUAGAAGGAUUGCCUCCUGGUACAAAAGUUACUAUUCGAGCUUCAUUUGGACCUCUUCAUUCAAAGACAUCAACUGCAUCUUCCAAUAAUACUCCAAGCACUUCUUCUCUUCAGGUCUCACCUCCUAGGUCUAAAAAUACAACUGCGAAAAGUUCCACAAAAUCUAAUGCAAGUAAAACUAAGACACAUAAGGCUCAUGCAACUACAUCCACUGCAAGUAAACCUAAUGCAAGUAAGCAGGGUAAAGGUACAUCCAAAUGCAAAGCAAAAACUUCUUACAAGCAAAAGAAACAACGCAACAGAAAGAACAAAAUCAGCAUAGCUUUGAAGAACUUACGGUGUCAUCGAGGACUUCAUAAGUGCAUUGAGUGUCAUUCCAAAAUAAAAGAUUUUGCAAGCCACUUUUCAAUAUAUAUCCACUGUAAUUUUUGCAAAUACAACACUAACUGUAACAAAGCCUUUGUAAAUCAUAUGGUGAGCUCUCAUAGCAACCAUCCAAGUAAACGGUUUUAUAUUUUUAAGAAGCAUUGUGGAACUCUCAGACAUUGGGGAAACUAUUGGUGUUUUGUGCAGAAAGAUCAAUUUGGAAGGGUAUACAGGGGCAUUACUCUAGUGUGCCUUAAAUGUGAUUUCUUAACUGAUUCUUCCGGUUUAGAUCGUAUGGCUAAACACUUAAGUCAACGCAAAACUCAUACUUGCCAAGUUAUAGUAGAAAAUGUUCCCAAAAGUACCUCAGCUUCUGAACCCACUUCUGACUACUUGGUGAAAUAGAUUCCUGCUCUAUGGAGCUCGUGCAACCUGGUACAAAACAAGUUGGAAUUUCCUAAGUUCAAAGUUCUGAAGUAGUUUCUUACACAGAGAAAGUUUCCUAAGUUCAAAGUUCUGAAGUGUUUUCUCACACAAAAAUGGUUAAAUAACCAAGUUCAUGACACUAGUUCUUAUUAUUCAGCUCUUUUCAGCUUUCAGAUGGCACUAGAUUCUUAUUCCACCUUAUCUUUGUGUCAGAUUCACAUAUCCUAACAUGUGCUUUUUUGCUCCAGUUAGUUUUCUCCAAAAAUAACUUUGUUUGCUAUGGUUUUUCUUGCUUUGUUUAAAAUAACUUGUGUUUAUCUCUGCUGUACUUGCCUCCAGAAUAUUGCAUUCCAAACAUUAUAGCUAUUCAUCUUUUUUUCUUUUUGUCUGUUUUGUCUGGUUUCUUAGUUAAUUUCGUGUAAGUCUUACAUUUUUAGAUCAGAUAGCUAUCUUUUUUCUCAUUCCUUGUCUGUCAUUGUUCUAUUUUUCAUAUUUUUCAGAUGCAGAAGUAACAGAAAUUUCAAAAAAUGUCCAGGGUACUCCUGGUCAGUGUCCCGCUGCGUUGGACACAACUGAUGCCUGUUCUCUCUUUCCAAGGAAUGUAAAUUAUUUGACUGUGAGACCUCCUCUAGUUUGUGGCCUUAGGAAAUCAGAUCUUGGGGAGAGUCCCUUCCUUCGUGACUGGCCUUCCAUAAGGCUGAUGCUAAUUUAGCCAGAGAUGACCUCAAGGCCCACCAAAUUGAGCACAACUUCCCACUGGGGGCUUUGGUUCUUGAUCUUAAGCUUAUGGGCCAAUUCUGACCAAGAAAGCCCAUCAAAUCAAUGCUUUAUCACCCAAAUUUAAGUUUAAUCAUUUUGGCUGCCGCCUUUUAGCAUGCAUGCAGUCCAAAGAAUAUAAAAUGGC